CUGUUUCAGCACUCCUCCCCCCAGGGAGACAUCAGUGAGAGACACAGAGUGCUGCUCAAGAAAUGAAACAACCCCGAGAGUGUCAAAAUCGCUAGGAUCUUUCUUUAUAUCCCACUGUUCAGUUUCUUAUUUACUGAUUUCUCUGCCUACCUACCCAAAACAAGCAGGCCACUUCUGGUGUCAUUGAAGGUCUAGGAUCUGUCCAUUGCUGCAGAAAUUUCCAGGGAGAUUCACAAAUAACUUGAAAGAUGGUGAAUGCACAUAAGACAAUUGUUCUGCUAAAAGGACUCGAACCUAUCAGUGAUCGACAUUUUAGCUUAUUUAAGUCAUUGCUGGCCAGUGAUUUAAGAUUGGAGAGAAACAAGCAAGAGCAAUACAGCAGGAUUCAGAUUGCUGACAUGAUGGAAGAUGCAUUCCCAGAUGAUGUUGGAUUGGGCGAACUGAUCAAGUUUUGUGAAGGCUUACCGGCUCUUAGAAAACGUGCUAAAAUUCUUAAAAAAGAGAGAGCAAAAGUUAUCAGAGGAACAUCACUGGAAAUGAAUAGGCAAGAAGGAGGCCCUGCAACACCUACAUCAACUGCAAGCCACAUGUUGGCAUCUGAAAGAGGGGAGACUUCCACAGCUCAGGAGGGGACUACUAUAGCUCAGGCAGAGACUUCUACAGCUCAGAAAAGAAAAAGUAGGAGUAAUGAAAAGACUGGAGUGAAAAAGACCAAGACAUCUAAGGAACCAGAUAAGCCUCUCUGCCCUGAAGAAUCCACAGUCAAGUGCCAGCCACCAGUACCCCAGAUCUCAUCUUCAGCUUCAUCUAACACGCUUUUGGCUAAGAAAAAGCGAAAAGGAGCCACAAAAACUGAAGGUGGAAAGAGAAAGAGGAUCACCCAAGAGCAGGCUCAGCUUCCAGAACCUUUAGGAACCGAUCUAAAAAAAGAUGAAGAUUGUGUGCAGACUUCUCAUAAACCUCCAUCAACACCACCCAGCAGUUCCUCAAACAAGAAACAGAAAAUCACAACCAUCCAAAAGCAUAGUAUCAUAAAGACAGAGGGUCCUCAGAAAAAGCAGCAACUUGUGGAAUCUUCAUCAACCAGCAGCUUCCCAGCUGUAAGUGAACUCCUGAUUUUUGAAGAACUUUCAGCAACUGCUUCUAGCAGCCCUCAGUCUUCUCAGAAGCCUCGAGAAGCACACAUGGAUUUAAAGAUGUCUCCAGGCUCUUCCAACAUCACCUUGCAAGAAUUUUCCAGUACCUAGAGCCUCAGAUUGCUACAUUCACCUGAACUCUAAUGUGUCUUCCAUACUCUUCAGUCAUGCCCAUGUACCAUCAACAACAGCAUUCAGUAAUGUCAGGGUCCCUCUUAUGCCUUCACAAACAGUGUUCCGUUCUUCCAGUACUCUUUAGAUGUCUCUAGUAACAGUGCCCAGAAGUAUCCAGGACGUUCACCUUCCUACACCAGCAGCAUUCAAUAGUACACGGGCUCCUCACCAUCAAGCAAUAGCAUCCAGAAAUGUCCAAACUACUAGAGUGCCUUCAGCAACACUGACAAGCAAAGCCCAGCUCAUAAAAAAAUCUCCUCCAGCAACAGCAUCCAACAAUGCUCAGGUUCCUCAUACUCUAGCAACCAAGUCUUGAAGUAUCUCAGGUACCUCAAACAACAGCAGCCCGGAGCAUUCAGACUCUUAACUCUGCUACAGUAAAAGCAUCCAAGAAGGUCCAGACCCCUUAAGUAUCUUUACCAAAAUUACCCAAUUAUUUCCAGGCUUCUCUGGCACCUCCAUCAGCAACACUCGGCAGUCUUACAGCUCUUCAGGUACCUAUGUCAAUAUCCACAAGCAGAGCCCAGACUACUCAAAUUCAUCCAGGGACAGGAUCCAUUUGUGUACACUCUUCAUGCUCCUCCAUCAACAGAGUCCAGAAGUGAGUG